AUGGAGAAGAAACCCACUGAAAGCUUCAAAGAAUAUGCUCAAAGAUGGAAGAAUGUGGCUUCUCAAGUCCAGCCACCAUUGACUGAGAAAAAGACCACCGUGAUGUUCGUUAACAUCUUACGGGCCCCUUACUAUGAACGAUUGGUUGGUAGUGCCACAAAGAACUUCGCUGAUAUGGUGAUUUCAGGAAAAAUGAUAGAGACUGCCGUUAAGCAAGAAAAGAUAGAAGGAGGUGAUGCGGCAUACACGAAGAAAGGUGGAACUUUUAAGAAGAGGGAAGGAGAAGCCCAAGCCAUCACUUCGGGACAACCCCAAGGAGGAAGCUACAACUUUUAUCAGCCAUAUCCACCAUAUCCCUAUUACCCAGUUGUGAAUAACACUUCACAAAAUCCAUACCUAUAUCCACCCAUGCCAAAUGCCUUUUCUAACCUAUACCCAUAUGCUCCCAUCCAACGAACAUCUUACCCCAUAAAUAUCCACCUACCUACUUUCACACUCAUUGCAGCUUCAACUACACAACAAACAACACCUUCAAACAACCAUAUUGCUAGCGAAUCAAGAGGAUGGCGAAACAAGCAAGAAAAAAUGCAGUUUGACCCAAUCCCAAUCCCAUAUGCUAAACUCUUCACUCAGUUAGUUGCAAACCAUCUAGUGGCACCUUUAUACAUAGAGCCAUUAAAACUUUCAUUCUCGAGAUGGUAUGAUGCUUUCGCCCAUUGCGAUUAUCAUUAUGGAAUUGAAGGGCAUUCGAUCGAGAAUUGUACAACAUUCAAACAUAAGGUGCAAAGGUUGAUCAAGGCAGGAAUCCUAAAUUUUGAAAAGAAGCCAGAACAUAAUGUUAACAACAACCCAUUGCCAAAUCAUACUAGGGUAGGGGUAAAUGCGAUUGAAGGGGAGAUGAAUGUUAAAAGGAACAUUCGGGAAGUGGAAACCCCCAUGGAGAAAAUGUUUAAAGCCUUGGUAAAGGCUUGUAUGCUCGAGGUUUGGCCGGAACGUCUUGAUAUGAAUGACUUGAGAGAUAUCCAAGGACCAUACUGCUUAUAUCACAAAGGAUGUGUGGGGCAUUUAAUUCAAGAUUGUAGUUCUUUUCUAAAGGAAGUGCAAAAGAUGAUGGACGAAUCAAAGAUUGAAUUCUACGUGGAAGCCUCAAGGCCAGCAGUAAACAUGAUGGCCAAAGAUUCUACUCACCAAAUAAAGAUAAAACCUUUGACCAUUUUCUAUGAACCAAGAGGAGAGUUUAUGGAAGACAGAACCCAAGCCAAGAUGACCAUCGAAGUCCCUAAACCUUUUUCCUACAAAGAUGACAAAGCUGUCCCAUGGAACUACAAUUGCAAUGUACAAGUUUCAAAUGCGGGAAAAUAG